UUGUUCACGCGUGCUUUCUUAACACAUCUUCAUUCCCAGCUGUAGAACAAAUCGACAUCAGCUGGGUUUGCAUCAAGUACCACCUUGGUGACCAACGUUGUGUAAUUCUAAGCAAAUUUCAGCGUGCGUUCUGCAAAGUGUCGACUAUUCUUGCAAAGCUGCCGAAUAUCUCUUUUGUCGCGGCGAGGCACGCGACAAAGGGGCGAUAACAUUACAUCGAACCCCGGCAAACAAAGAGGUCUUUUUCUCAACGUCAACAUUUUUCCUCCAUAUUCCAUAGUGAUGAGUCAUGUGUCCGUCGAGAAUGUCCAUGGUCUAGAACAACAGCUUGCUGUCCUAGACUUGAAUGUGGCAGACGGACAAGGUGGUGGCCCCAACAGAAGAUACAUUCCUCCACAUUUACGGAACACAGAUGGUCCUAAAAAUGGAGGAAAUGUGUUUGCUCCCAGGGCAGGCUACACCAUCGCACCUGCCGCCGCCUUCGGUUGGGAUGGCGGCCGCGGCAACUUUGUCAACGGCUACCAUGACAACCGCAUGACUGCCGGGAACGCUUACAACCGCGGCCCGCCUCGUAUGGAGCGGGGCCGAGGGGGCAUGGGCGGCUAUCGCGGCAACAGAGGCGGCUCCUUCAAUCCCAUCAACCCCGCUCAGCCGAUGGGCUUCGGCCUGUACGAAAACAAAGACGCUGGUGGUUGGAACACCGCCAAGGACGCCUACAGCAGCUUCGGAAACAACAGAGGAAAGUCGGCUUUCUUUAACGACAGAAGCAACGCAAAUCGUACACGGUUCGAUCAUGGGGGCUACAGUGGUGGCGGGGGUGGAAACAGUCGCUGGGUGGAGGAAGCCUGCAAUGAUGGAGACUGGUCCAAACCGACGCCGCUCAACGAACGACUCGAGCAUGAGUUGUUCUCCGCCAGCAACACUGGGAUUAAUUUUGAGAAAUACGACGACAUUCCCGUCGAGGCCACUGGACAGAACUGCCCUCAUCACAUCGAGAGUUUCCAGGACAUCGACAUGGGGGAGAUUAUCAUGGGCAACAUUGCGCUGAGCCGCUACACCCGACCCACUCCUGUCCAGAAAUACGCCAUUCCCAUCGUCAAGUCCAAGCGAGACCUCAUGGCCUGCGCACAGACGGGUUCUGGAAAGACGGCGGCUUUCCUGCUGCCGAUUCUAAGUCAAAUCUACGCAGAGGGACCAGGAGAUGCUCUGAAUGCAGCUAAAGCCUCUGGGCAGGAGAAUGGAAAAUACGGCCGUCGUAAGCAGUACCCCAUUUCUCUGGUCCUGGCCCCGACUCGAGAGCUGGCGCUACAGAUAUAUGACGAAGCUAGGAAGUUUUCAUACCGGUCCAGAGUGCGUCCUUGCGUCGUGUACGGAGGAGCAGACAUUGGCCAGCAGAUCCGAGAUCUGGAGAGAGGUUGUCACCUGCUGGUGGCCACGCCUGGAAGGCUGGUGGACAUGAUGGAGAGGGGCAAGAUUGGACUGGACUAUUGCAAGUAUCUCGUCCUGGAUGAGGCGGAUCGGAUGCUGGACAUGGGCUUCGAGCCUCAGAUCCGGCGCAUCGUCGAACAGGACACCAUGCCGCCGAAAGACAUCCGGCAGACCAUGAUGUUCAGCGCCACCUUUCCCAAAGAAAUCCAGAUUCUGGCCAGGGAUUUCCUGGAUGACUACAUCUUCCUGGCGGUGGGGCGAGUGGGCUCCACCUCCGAGAACAUCACUCAGAAGGUGGUUUGGGUGGAAGAGAGCGACAAGAGGUCUUUUCUCCUGGACCUGCUCAGUGCCACAGUCAUCCCCAGCGAAGUGCAGGACAAUACUGGAGAGAACAUGGAGAAGCCUGGGAAGGACUCGCUGACUCUGGUAUUCGUGGAGACCAAAAAAGGCGCCGACGCCUUGGAGGACUUCCUCUACCGGGAAGGUUACGCCUGCACCAGCAUCCACGGCGACCGUUCCCAGAGGGACCGAGAGGAGGCUCUGAGCCAGUUCCGAUCCGGCAAAUGCCCCAUCCUGGUGGCUACCGCUGUUGCAGCUCGUGGUCUCGACAUCUCCAACGUGAAGCACGUGAUUAACUUUGACCUGCCGAGUGACAUUGAAGAGUAUGUCCACCGUAUUGGACGCACGGGACGAGUCGGAAACCUGGGACUGGCCACGUCAUUCUUCAACGACAAGAACGGGAACAUCACGAAAGACCUGCUCGACAUUUUGGUAGAAGCCAAACAGGAAGUUCCUUCAUGGCUGGAGAGCCUGGCUUAUGAGCACCAGCACAAGAGCAGCAGCCGCGGACGCUCUAAGAGGUUCGCCGGUGGUUUCGGAGCACGCGACUAUCGUCAGACGGCCGCCGGGGGCAACGCCGGAGGUUUCGGAGGGCGUGGCGUUCGGAACCAAGCGGGUCACGGAGGAGCCCGUGGCUUUGCAGGAGGUGGUUUCGGAACCUUCUACACAAGCGACGGCUACGGCGGCAACUACUCGCACUCUCAAGUUGACUGGUGGGGCAACUAGACUUUUUUUUUUUUUCCCUCUUUCUCUCUUUCACACGCAUAUUUUGUCCCCUCCCCACUCAGCUGUCUUCCUUUCUCAACUCUGUUGUCUUCAGCCCAUCUGCUGCCCUAGUCAACAUUUAGAACCUCUCUCUGCAUGCAAUUAUAAAUAUAGUCAUCAUCCAAGCUCCCUCCCGCACAUCAUCCCUGGACAGUGUAAUCGGAAUUUUAUUUUGUGGUAAAAUCUCACAUCAGACAGUCUACAUGGCAAAGGGAUUUUUCUUCCAUUUGGUUCUUUUCCAACAUUCCCGCCGUGGGAUGCUUUCUGCGUCACUUUCCAUAUUUCAAUUUUGGCUCCAUUUUUUUUUUUUUUUAAUGCCUUGACCCGGUCACACAGGCUUCCUUCCAGUGAGCCUCUCCCCACCCACGAGUCAUCUUUUGUGUUUAAUGCAUGUCCACUGACUGAGGAAGAAAAUCAAAACAAAAAAAACAGCACUGAGACAUGAAACAAAUUCAGACAUAGGAACUGCUGGCUGAGGCCUCCUUCUGGAAGAGAGGCCACUAAUAUUGCUCUUAGUUUUAAUUUUUUAUUUUAUAAGUUUUCUUUUAACCGGAGUGCAGAAGUGCAGACGUCUCGGAAAGAGGUCUGAGGAGAACCCACGGCAUUCUGGUGUGGAAAUUUGAUUGGCUAGCAAGCAUAUUUGCCCUUCACUUGAAACGUCAGCUAAGAGAAUCAUAGGACUUGGCAAAAAUGAACAACAAAGGAAGAUCAUUUUGUUUCUGUACUGUGCCUUCAAGAAUUCGAGCAUUGGCUUCUCUUCUUUCUGUUCUGUGAAAAACAUUUAAUGUCAUGUAUGGGUUUGUUAUCUUGAUUUCUCUUUGGAAGGAAACAAGUUAGACUUGAACUAAAUCAAACCUUGGCAAAACAAAACUAAACUUUGUAAAACUGCCGUGAGGAAACUCAAAACGUGUUUCCUCAUGAUCUGACCCCCGGUUCUUAAUAAAGCUUCGCGGUUCUCGAACUCGGAUGUCAAACCUGCAGCUCUGCUUUGAGCAUGAAGUCGAGACGUUCCACGCAUAGUCGCCAAAAGUUGGUAUUUCAGUCAUCGGGCCACUGAGGGAGGGAGAAUCGGACUCCGUAUCAUUAAUAAGUUCCAUUGGUGAGUGCCCAAGUCUGUUGUGCCAACUCUUGGCCUCCUUAUGCUUCUGGGAACCUGACUCCGCCUCCACCCACAAACUUUUGAAGCCCUUUUUGGCCAAAAGUGUCUUUGAAGGGGAAACACAACUAAAAAGACUCAGAGAUCCAAAAUUCCCUGCUCACUCUAUCCUGGAGAGUCACAUAAAGAGUUUUCUCUUACAAAAGGAACACAAAAGAAAAAAAGUCAUUCCAGUAUUUUGUUGAGUGUUUUUGGAUUAGUUGCGGUCGGGGAUGAAUGCAUACAUCGGGCCCAAAUGUUUCCCGGCAGAGGUUCGGAGGGGGGGGGGGGGGGUGGCUUGUUGACUUUUCAAGGUUUGAGAUCGGCUCGGUCUGUUUCUGCAAACCACACUUUGACGAUAAUAGGGCAGGUGGUGAGUUGCCCCGCUAGACACGGAAACGCAGCGAAAUGAGGACUUGCCACCGUUGCACGUGGCCCUCCCGUGGAACCGGGCCUCCACCUUCCUUGUGUGAUGGCAAAAAUCUGGGUGUGAAUGUAUUUAGUUAACGUGGCGAUCUGAAAGGAUCCUGCAUGUAGAUAACAUGUAAAUAGUUGCAAUUUGGCGAGCGGAAACGUGCUUGGUCACUCACUGCUGGGGAUUGAUAUUGUCCGGAGACCUCACUUCAGUGGAUAAUUUAAUCCCCAAAAGAUUUUCUCCAAAUUGCCCAUGCAACAAAAUUGUGGGUGAUGACCAUUGGACAUAUGCAAGUGUUGUUGUUGUUUUUGGUCAAGCAAAAACGAGUCUUUCAAUUCUCGAGCAUUUUUUUUUUAGUUAAUACUGAUAUUUUUUUUUAACCCCUUUUUUUUUUCUCCCCCCUGUCCUUUUGUGUUUGUUUUUCUUUAUUGAUCUACGUUACAUUGGGGAGAUAGUGUUUUGUUUACUUGCAGUGGGAGAAGCUCCUAAUGAAAGGUGGUUACGCCCUCUAGUGGCAAGAUGAGGUUUGCGGAGACGUCAGACAGAUUCUGUCCUCGUGUAGGGCUGAAUUUGCCCCGAAUUUCAGUCCUUGUAGUUGAGCUGCAAGGUUGGCUUGCAAAUGACAAUCGGUUCAAUUGUCGUUCCAUCAAUCGCGCGUUUUCCACCUCCCCGGCUUUUGGUGACACCUUCAUACGUCGCUGGCGCAAACCCCGCCCACUCCAAUUUAACUUCAACAAAGCUCUUCAGAUGGCUUGCACGCACUUUGCUGUCAUGAACACUGACGUGCUCGGUGCCUUGAAAUUCUUCCUCACCGGACUGAAGCGUUUGCGUGACACUUCUUUGUAAGCCGCUCGUAAAUGUCUCCAACCUGAAACCUAACGUUUAUUAACCAGCAGGUUUCGCCUGCUCAUUUUUAGCAUUUAGCUCAAAGCACUGAUUGCACAGUUUCUAGCAUAGCUGUGAGGUUCUCUGCUUUUUCCCGGUCUGUCGUUGCCAUCUCGUGGUAAAGAUCGUCACUCAUAGCCUCCAUAGAGAAUCACUUACCUUUCGAUGCCUUAAAAUUCAAGACCGAUAGUCGGAAUACACGCAAUGUUGGUUACCGUGCCGCCGUGGAGUUAGUUUGUAUCGGUGGCAGGAAAUUCAGCUCUUCUGUGAUAGCUCAACAGACUUUUAAGAGGUGUUUUGUGUCGGGGAACAAUUUAAUGGUGCUAUGCUCCCUUUGCUGCGGCCUGCAGGCCUUCCGUUUGUAGAAAGACUGAAAGAUCCCACUCGGUUUUUACAAAGUUCUUCUGUAGCACAGGGUCCUCCGCGGCUUGGCAAGUGGUCCAUACGUUUGUGGUUGCCAAAAGAAGGACGACUCGGUAGUGAUGUACGGAAAUGCGUGUGUUUGAGUGUGUGUGUGUUUGGAAAAGGAUGUUGCAGAUGUGAAUCUCUGCGGGGACCGGUUUGAGUUGUAGUUCAGAACAACGGCCAGAUUCAGCUGUUUGCACCCAAAGUUCUUGAGUCUACUUUCGCUAGUUUGUGUAAUUUAUCAAACAUUUUUGAGAAAUAUUUAUUUUUAUAAGCCUAGCGCAAGUGUUUGAGGGGGAAAAAAAAAAAAAAAACGUGACUUGACCAAAAGACGGUGAACAAAAACACUGGCACAUGAAUGUUGAAUGUCAUUGGUAUGAGUGAAAUUUUUUAUUCUGGGGUAGUGUGAGCUUUUUAAUAACGGCGUAAUGGGGUUUCUCUGAGUAGGUCAUGUAACGACAACAAACCGUUUCAAAAUGGUCGCCGGCUUUACGGUAGAUGUGACGUACGGAGAGAAACCGAUUACUUUCAAAGUCUCAUUGGACUCAGUAUCAGAUCCACCAGCCUGUUUGUACAACGGGUUCCGAUGCCAAUCAUGAUGAUGAUAAUAAUAAUAAUACACCAUUAGCAGCCAUCUUCAAUUGGCCCCCCCAAAAAAUAUAAUUUGAGACACUUCCACCAAAUAUGCCAAGGUUUGGAUUAAAUUGUAAGAAACAAAAACCAUUUUGUAUAUAAAAAAAAGGAAAAAAAACAAAACAUGCAGUACAAACAUGUCCAGAUUCGCUCCAAGUCCGUUUUUUUUUUUGGUUGUUCAUUUGUUUUGACACUUUUCCUUCCUGUUGAUACCCUUUGUGUGAUUGUCUAUCAAGUGGGGAUGUUAAAAAGUCUAUAACACAGAAGUUACUGUGGUUCUAUUGCUAUGUUGUUGUGAUCUGCAUAUUUUCAGGCGCAGCGUGCUCCUGCGCUCACCGCUGAGCGUCCGGCCAGUCAGGCAAUGGGCGAGCGACGUACGAUAACGAUUAUUUUUUCUCCUUUGCCGUUAAACUGUCGCGGCACCCUUUGCCUCUUUGCAACGGGACAUGCCUCCGUCGGUCGGUGGCACAUCCAUAUGCAGCCUUUUAUAUACUAAAUUUUGCAAAUAUAAGUUAAUGGCCCUUUAAGUUCUUUGUAAAAACUAAUCUGGGGAAGAAGAAGAAAAAAAAUCCCUACGGUAAAACACGCAGACUGAAUUGACUCGGCAAAAACAUUUUCGGUUUUAUUCAAAAAUAUCCGGUGCAUGAAGCAAGCCUGAUCACCAUUAUUGACUGGCCAGACAGUUCAGGGUGGACACACAGCGCCACAAUCCUGCUAGUUAGUAUUUGCUUUAUGUAUUAGUUUAGCAGUUGUGCACGAAGAGGAGCACUACACUAAGGAAAAACAAUAUUGUGCAUCCAUUGUGAUUUUACCACAAUUAAAGGUUUGGAUUUGCAAAACUAAA